AUGCCUCCGAAACGAAAAACGUGUAAUUUGCUCAAAUCGAAUAAUAAAGAAAAAGCCAAUCAAAUGUCAUUCUUCGCUCCAGUCUAUCAAAAUGAUAAUAUUCAGAUGAACGAUGAAGAAAGUGGUAGUGAAUUAUCAAUCAAUACGCCAUCUUACCAAAAAUUUCCAAAUAAAACUAAACAAGAAUCAACUGAACUCAACGAUCAAGAUCAAUCAGCAGAAAUUUCAACAGCAAAAAUCGCUGCUCGUAUAGAUCAAAUUCAAAAUUCGAUUGAACAAGCAAAAACAAUGCUUCAAUCAAUGGAAAAAUUCAAGAAUUUAGUUCCUGGCAGUCAAGAACAAUGUGAAAAACUUUAUAUUAUUAUUGAAAAUCUUGAAGAACAACGAGCUGGUUAUGUUAAUUUACUUAAUUUAAUCACCCUGACCAAUCAAGAAAAAGCAGCAUUAGUCGAAAAAAUUUCCACCGCUCAUAGCUCAUUGCCAGUCAAUGCUAAUAAUCAAUCUAAUGAUGAAAAUGGCAAUGUUGAUGAUGAUGAUGAUGAUGAAGUCGAUGAUAAUGACGAAGACGAAGAUGAGGAUGAUGAUCCUUUGUGUCGUCGCAAUGUACGAUCACCUGUUCGUCCACGUAUUGAAAGUAAAAUAGGUUUUACACCGCAAUCAAUCAUUCCACCGACUCCAACGGUUCCACCAAUAAUAAAUUCAUCGGAUAAUGAGCAAAAUAAUCGAAAUGAUAAUUCAAAUUAUGAUUCACUUGUUGGCAGUCUCAAAAGUGACACACUCAAUUGGAAAGAUCAGCAAUUAACGUCUAGUGACGAAGCAAGUGAUGUUGAAAGUGAAAAAGAAAUUGAAAGAAACUUAAUGCUACAAAAAGAACAACUUCGAGCUUUACAAGGUCAAAAACGGGCAUUACUUGCAUUGAAGAAGCGCUCAGAAAAGCGAUUGAUCGAACAACAACAAUUAAUUAAUAAGAAAACUACGGAACGCAACGAAAAUCCAUCAGAGACCGAUCUUUUAUCUGAUAUAAAUAACCUACGUGACAGAUUGAAAUUACUCCGAAGUCUUUACGACCAAAAACAUCAAGUUGAAGUACAAGAAAUGAAACAUACGCCAAAAAAAUCACCAGCACCAGUUGAGAGUCGUGAAAAAAAUUUAAAAAAUGUUCGUGAACAAUUAAAUGAAUUAGAACAAAUUGUAACAUAUUAUCAGUUAGAUUUAAUGAAUCAAAGCGAAGAAGAAACAACAGUUUAUGAAGAAACUCCUAUUCAACCUGAUGAUGCGCAACGUUUACGAGCAUUACUCAUGCAAGAACGGCAAAAACCAAUAGCAGCAAUACCAAGCAAUGAUAAUGCUUCGAAACCACUAGAUAAAUUAUCAACUGAAUUAGCAGCUAAACGUUUAGAAUUGGAAGAAGCUAAAUCUGCACUAAGCCGUCUACAACAAAUGGUUAAAAAAAUUGAACCCGAUGAAUGUUCUUCAUCAGCUCGUUCAACUCCAAGACAAGUGCCUUCCACAAAACCAACGACUACUCCGAAUACUAAUCUCUAUCAAUAUACUCCAAAGGCAACUCAACAAACGCAAAGCACAACCACCGGAAAAGCUAAAAAUUCGCUUCUAUCAAGUAUUCUUUCGCCUAACGUAGCCGAACUUCAAAAACCAAUGCCCGCACGAAAUAGUUAUGCUGAUGCUAAAAUGGCUGCACAACAUCGUGAAAUGGAGCGUUUAAUUGAAUCUCGUCAACGUUUACAUACAAUUAAAGAUCAAAUCACAUCACUACAUCAAAGUAUGUCCACACCACCGGUACCAUCGAAACAAGAGUCAACAAAUGCAAGCCAACUUCAAAAUCAAUACAAAAACAAUGUCAAAGAAUCGAAACAACAAACGAAUACAUAUGCAGAUAAAUUAAAUAGUUCUAAAAAUAAUCGUUCACCUUAUACAUCUAACGAUCCAGAGGGAGAAGGAGAAGAAGGCGAGAAUGAUGAUGAGGAUUCAGAAUUAUAUCGUUUUGAAUAUGAAUCAGGUGAUGGAGAAGAAAUUAAUGACGAUGAAACCGGUAAAAUUUUUCUUAUUAAAAAAGUCAUUAAUUUUAAAAUUCCAAAUUUUUCAGAUGACGGAAUUCAACCACGAAUAAAACAAGGAAAUUUCCAUACACCGGAAGAUAUUGUUGCUGAACAUGAACAACGUAUAUUGAAUAAACAAGCUGAGUCUACCGAUGAAUUAAGUGUACAAAUGCGUGAUAUAUGUAGUUGUUUAUCAACAUUUAUUAAAGAACAAAAAUCAUUUAAUCAACAUAUUGAAGAACAUCUUAAAGCUGCCACAAAUGUUUCAUCACAGACACCUGUAAUGCCAAAUAUGAAUGAUCCGGUAUUUAAUCAACUUCAACAACAAGUUCUUACGCAAGGUCUUAUUGUUAAUUUAAAUACAGCUUAUCGUGAAAUAGCUGUUUUACAAUCGGAAAUAAAUGCGUUACAAAUUGAAAAUAAUCGCUUGUCAUCUUCAAUAUCAUCGCGAGAUGAUCAAUAUCAAUAUAAAUCAGAUGUGUACUCAAGAGAUAAUUCAAAAGAUUCAAUUUAUAGUUUAGAUCAAAUUAAACCAAUACGUUCACGUGUGCGUUCAAGACUCGAUGAUCGUGUACAACAAGAUAAACGUUUAUUAUCAGCAACUAAUAAAUUUGAAAAUUCAAGUAAAACAUCAUUCAAUAGUCAAAGUACUGGACAACAAACAGCUAUUCAUUUAACUGAAACAUAUAAUGGUAAACGUUUAUCAUCACCAAAAAUAGUCCACUCACGGCCUAAACCACUCUCCGAUGAAUAUGAAAUAACAUCAAAUCAUCAUCGUAAUUCAACAAAAGACCAUCUUUCAAAAUCGUUUAUUAUUCGUCGACGACCAAUAUCAAAUGAUGAUGAAAAUAGUCUUCUUAAAUCUCAAUUAUUUAAUUAUGAUCAACAUUUACACCAAGAACAAUUCAAUGAUAAUGAUAAUGAUGAUGAUCAUGGCGACGACGACGACGACGAUGAUGAUGAUAGUGAAAACGAACAACAAACAACUGAUCAUUCAGCAACUAUAUUUAAUAUUCAACCAGCCGCUUUUUAUCGAACAACAACUCAUAAUUUUGAUAAUAUUGAUAUACAAAAACUUCAUGAUCAGAUCAAAUCAGUGAUGAGUCAAUUAAUAACAUUUAUAAGAUUACAUGUUAAUGAUAUAUGUAGUCAAUCGAUUCUUAAUCAGAUUCGUGAUCGUGUUGUUUAUUCAUUUAAACAGCAACCUGAUUCUGCUGCAUUAAUGCGCGAUUGUCAUAUUGAAUUCUCGGAAUUAAUUGAAAAAACAAUUGAAAAAUAUUGCGGAGCAAUGAUUCGUGAAUGUGCUCCUGAUCUCAUGCGUGAUAUAUCCGAUGUCGCUUUCGAUGAAUUGAUUAAAUAUAAAAUAUAUGAAAAUACAAAUAAUAUGCAAGUAACGAAUGUUGACGAACAAAUUUCAGAACCCUUAAUCAAACAACAGGAUGAAUAUUCAAAUAUGUAUGAUUCAUCCGUUCUACAUUAUGCGCAACAAACAUCAUCCGUUGACGACGGAGAAAAUGAUAAUAAAUAUCGAAUUGAAUUAGCCGAAUCAGAAAACCGACCAUUAACAUUAAUUGGCAGUGAUGAAGAAGAUAAUGAUUCUGACCAAGAAGAAAAUAAAGAUAGCGAAUUAGAAACAGCUGUCUCACGUCAAGAUAUUAACUUAAAUCAAAAUGAAACCGUAUCCUCGGGUGAACUUCAUUCCAAUGGACAUGAAUAUAUCAUUGUUAACCAUGCAGCGCAUGAUCAAAAUCAUGCUGUUAUUGAUAAUACUGUGCCAAACGACAAGGAAAAAACGAAUGAAAAUCAAGAGGUUGCUGAUUCAUGA